AUGGCGGAGGCUUUGGCGUGUCCCGGUGGUGACAGCCACAACAGCGGCGACCACAGCCCUUGCUCCGGCAUCUGCAAGCAGGACAGGUACCUCCCUUUUGCCAACAUUAGCCGCAUCAUGGAGAAGGCCUUCCCCGCCGACAGCAAGAUUACCAAGGACACCAAGGAGAUCGUGCAGGAGCGAACCUCCGAGUUCAUCAUCAGCUUCAUCACCAAGGUUUAUUAUAUAUGCAGUGAAAGGCGGUUUAGUCCUCUGGGUGAGUAUGAACUUGACAGAGGUUAUGCCAUGGAGGAUUUGUGCUCUGAUACAUCACUUAAUGGUUACAAUUAUUAUAUUAAGUCUGGGGCCUAUUACGGCCAUGGUGUGUGCAAUGGGGCAUUGACACAGCCUGAUUGCAAUGAUUGCCUCUCAAAAGCUGUACAUUAUCUGUACGACAUAUGUGAUGUAAGCUUGGGUGCUCAAAUUCAACUUAAAGAUUGCAGGAUUAGAUAUGAAGAUCACCCAUUUCACUGA